GACAAAAAAUUCAAAUGGAUAAACCCUUCCCACUGAUCCAAAACCCAAAUGGCUUCCUCACUCCACCACCACCUCCUCCUCCCUCUUCCACCCUCCCACCACCCUCCAUCCCUCCACCAUUCUCCAAACUCCGCAAAAUGGAAACCUCCAACCCAUUCCAAACUCUCGACCUCCGCCACCGCUACCGACAACACAAACGGCGCCAUAGUUGAAACCCCAAAACGACGCGGCAGGAAGACGAAGAAAUCCGGAACUGAACCAACAACAACCAAGCCCGAAAACGGCACCAUGGAACCCCAAAACGCAGAACCUGAUUCAGAUUCGGAAUACGAAUACGACGACGGAAUCAAUUUCCCUUACGAGGACCCGCCAUUGGUGUGCUGUUUCGGCGCGCUGCAGAAGGAGUUCCUCCCGACGGUUCGCGUGCACGAGUUCCAGAUGCAUCCUGACAUAUACUCCGAGUGGAAGAUGCUCCAGUGGGACCCGCCGGAGUUCUCCCGGGCCCCCGGUGGCCCCCCGUCGAACGUGGCGGUGGCGCACGUGAGGCUGGGAGGGCGGGCCGCGGUGAUGGGGAAGGUCGGGAAAGACUCGCUUGGAGAGGAGAUGGUGCUGAUGAUGAACAAGGAGAAGGUGCAGACGAGAGGGGUGAAGUUCGAUGAUGGUGUUAGGACUGCGUGUUCUUACAUGAAGGUGAAGUUUGAGGAGGGGAAGAUGAAGAUGGUAAUGGCUAAGGAUUGUGCUGAGGAUUCUUUGCGUCGUGAUGAGUUGAAUCUUGCUGUUUUGAAAGAGGCUAGGAUCUUCCAUUUCAAUUCAGAAGUUCUUACAUGCCCCUCAAUGGCAUCGACUCUUUUCAAAGCAAUUAAGUGGUCUAAAAAGUUUGGCAGCCUUGUAUUUUUCGAUUUGAACCUGCCAUUACCUCUUUGGAGAUCACGUGAUGAGACGAGAGAAAUAAUAAAAAGAGCAUGGAACGAAGCUGACAUCAUUGAAAUUUCAAGAACGGAGCUAGAAUUCCUUCUAGAUGAAGAAUAUUAUGAGAGGAAGAGAAACUAUCAGCCCCAAUACUAUUCGGAGAGUUAUGAACAAACCAAGAAUCGACGGGAUUAUUACCAUUACACCGCUGAGGAAAUCUCACCUUUGUGGCAUGAUCACCUUAAGUUCCUGUUUGUUACUGAUGGUACUAUUAGGGUUCACUAUUAUACCCCAUCUUUUGAUGGGAUGGUGAUUGGAACCGAAGAUGUGCUCAUAACCCCAUUUACUUGUGAUAGAACUGGCUCCGGCGAUGCCGUUGUUGCUGCUAUUUUAAGAAAACUAACCACCUGCCCAGAAAUGUUUGAAAAUCAAGAUGUUUUGGGUUUCCCUACUGAAAGUGCCACCCAGAAUCUCAAAGAACAAGUUUAUGUGCCUUCAUUGUGGUGAUAAAAAUGGUUAGUGUAAUUUUGUUUAUCAAAAGAAAAAAAAAAGGUUUGUGUAACUCCCACUAGAGCUUAGUCCAGUCCUAUUGUUUGAUAGUGUUAUUGUUUGAUUAUUUAUCAAAAGUUCCCAAGAAUUUUUCAUCUCAAAUGGGAGGAGUCAUCAGAACAUAUAGUGUGAGAUUGCACAAUCUAAAAAUCUGUUGACGAUUGUCUUGGCUCCAAGUAAUGUCAUCCAAUACCACUUCUCAAUGAGCAGAUGGUGGCGCCAAUUUGAAAAUUGUCUUCUCUGUUUUUGGAGCAGCUAAGUUUUACAACAUUUUUUGAAGUCUAAGACCCCUCUAAAAAUGAAAAAGGGGAAAACAUUAAGGAUGCACUUGGUCUGUGUUUUUGGACUGGGUACGUGUAUCGUCCUCCAAGCUUUGGUCCUCAAGAUCCAAGAAGUAUCCCUGUUGAAAUGGAGAUCAACCAACCGUUGGAACCUUUGUUUUUCCCUUUUUAGAGAAUCAAUGGCUGCUUAUGCCUACAGGCUACACCACCGUUGUGCCCUCCUCUCCCUUUACACUGCCGUGACCAAAACAACAUUAAAGAAUAAAAAAUGAAACGCCGAAUCUAACAUCUUAUCCGUUGUCAUACUAAUAGCCAAAGAUAAAACUCACAUAAUCUUUGUGCGUAACUAACAUUUAAGACUUUGAGUUUACGAA